AUGACUGUUACCGCUGGCGGCAGGAGCUUCCGAAAGAAAGUCAUGCUCUCGUGGGCGGCGAAGACAGCUGGAAGGCAUCCGUACGCGUUAUGCGAGAUCGCGGCAUAUCUCAACGCCCAGUCAUGCGGCCAGUGCGUCGACAACUGCAUCAGCACCUACCCGACCGUCAACCACUGCAACGGCACCGAGACGGGCGGUAUGGGAUUUGCGGCAGUGGAAGCCUCAGUCAGGAGCCUCAGCGGGCGCGCGCCCAUCAAACCGAGCCCUGUCGCCGACUUUCAUUUCCACAAGAAGCCGCCUCACCAAAUGGAGCUCCACGCCAACAGCAUCGCAAUGGUACAAUUGCCUCAGACUCAGGGUCGCCUCUCCGUGUGCACAAAAACGAUUCCGUUCCGCCCAAGGCAAGCAACUUGUCAUCACUUGUCCUCGGAUCCAUGGCAAGAAGUCCGCCUCCGACGGCUGCCCCCUGUGCAUGCUGCUCUGGGCCGCCGCACCGCCCAAGGUCCAUGCUUUUUGGGAUGA